UAUUUUUUCAUUUCCAAAUUCGACUUUCGAUUCUUUUCAAAAUUCAAAAUUCAACCCACUCGGGCCUUUAAUCCGCAAUGUCGCAGUCAAUGGGCAAGCCGUGGCUGGUCAACAUGUUUGCCGACAAAAACCUGCAGCUCGACGAGACCCCGAAGCGGGUGCGACGACUGGUCCAGCUCAUAAGCAUUACCCGACACGGCCCAGAAGAGGCCAAAUACCCAGUGGUCUGCGAGAUAUCCGACAAGAAACACUUUAUGCGCGCUAUAUUCUCUAAAGGAGCUCUAAAGUCCAUGGAGAAGCUAUCAAACCAACCGAUCGAGUCUCUGCGCGGCGCAAUCUUCCAGGUCGACGUGUGCGUCCCAAAGAUAUACGUCCCCGGAGCCGAUUCCACCAAGGACCGCAAGUAUACGUAUUUUCCAAAGCAUGUGCGCGACAAUAACACUGCGCAGUUCUGGAUGGUCAUCAGCAAAACCUGCUAUAUGGGCGGCGAGGGCAACAACACCUUUGAUGAGCCGGAGUUUAUACAUACCAAUCGCUACGUCAAUGAACGCUUGAGUGAGCUGGCCAUUAUCGUUUAUCCGCAGCUGGAGCACACAGGCGUUGCGGAGCGCAGGGGCUGCGGUGGCUGCCUACUCGGCUCGCUUACUGCUGCGAGUCACACCAAGACUGAGGGAACUGGGCUCACUGGAAUAUCGGCCAUUACAGACUUUACACAAAACAUGGAUCAAAUAGACCUGGACGCCAACGAUGUCUUUUCGUGGCGCGUCAAACACCCCGAGCUGCAUCUGGACAAAAAUUUCGAAGCAGAAACCACCGAGCUCUUUUUACACAAGAGGCAGCGGCUUUCAUCUUAUAGCUCACCCGAACGUGAACACGACUUUUCGCAAUGUCCACCGAUCGAAACCCAACGCACACCGAACACGCCAUGCAAUCGCAAUGCCGCCACACAGCGCCAGCGACCACCCACAAUAUGCGAUGUGCCCUUUGUGGCGGACAUGAAGGCUGCAUGGGAAUGUGAAAACCUGUGGGAGUCACUAUCCAUACAAUACACCAGCAUUCCAUUCAUGCCAACGUGCACAUUGAAGCCGCAGCCCCGGGGGCAAACACAGAUCACACAACAACCACAGCCACGCACACGACAGCUGCAAGGGAACACUCAGCCAUUAAUUCCCAAUCAACGCCCCUUUUUGUCACCAUACAACGACCCAGGCUUCAUCACAUCCAGCUUUUCUGCGACCCAAGAUAGCAUUGUUAACCCUCCUACCAAUGAAACAUCGAUGCUAGUGUCGUUGGCCAGAAUCAACCACCAGGUCUCGUGCACAGAGAAAGUAUACGACGAUUUGAAUGGCUUGUUGAGGCCCGCAGGCUCCAAUUGCACCGACUCUAAAGAGGUCAUGAGCGCGCUUUUUGGCGAUAUAAAUAGCAGCAAUCCGCCGACGCCUAGUCUUGACAAUUUGGAUGCCUCGGUCAGCCAUAUGUUGAGCGGCCAAAGCAGAGACAUAUUUGGUGCUGGAGAUUAUUGGGAGCAAUCGCCCCAGGCUGUAAUUAAUCUUAUGCCCACUCUCGAUGAGAUGGAGUAGAGUGGACAUUGCCAAUGGAUGAGGGGUUUACUUGGUGGUCAAUUGGGGGUUCACUUGGUGUUUUUUUGUUGUUUUACUCUAUGAUUGAAGGCAUGGUAUUGUAGCUGCUUCACCAUGGGAGAUUCCACGAAUUUGAAAUACCUUCUUUUUUCUCUCGACUUUUAUUAUAUGAUCUACAUCAAGGCGUUAUUAAUUUUAUUUUUUGUAUUUUACGAUUAUUUUAUUUUUAUUUUGAUGGUGGGUGAUGUUUAUGUUGUUAUUGUUAUUGUUUUGAUUCAUCACCAAAAGCCGAAUGUUUUUGCACCUAGUCAUUCAGCCAUCCGUUCAGCCAGUGCCAAGGUGUUUAUUAAACGAAUGAGCGGCGGGAAUAAUUAAAAUC